AUAGAUAUCCGGAAUGUAUUUCGACCCGUGAUUUCUUUUUUUUACAUACGUGAAUUAAUGGUUGGUAUGGAUGCUAUGCUGAGCGCUGUGUGGACAGUAGGAGGCGCUGUUGCCUGCUGUGGAUUCGAGGAGGGGAAAGCUACGGGCCCAGCGCAAGUGCUCGUCAGUAAUAAAUGAGCACUUGCUACUUAGACACUCAGAGCUAUCUCCUAUUCUUUGAUCCACAGUAGUAUCUGGGCCCUGCUGCCUCCAGUCCAACAGAAUGAGCGCUAAAGGAGGAGGCACAGCUCUGACGCGUCGUAACUAUCGGCUGUCUUCAGACACAGACAAACCAACAGCUACAGGCAUAGUGAAUGAGAAACUGCUGAGUGACUACCUACACCAUGUGUUUCCUUCUACCAAACAGGGCCCUGCACUGGCCUCCCUCAGGAAGCCUCUGGGUUUCCCGGAUCUUGGUACUCACCUGGAGAAACUGUUGUCAGAGGGAGAACCCACUGAAGAAAGUCAAGACAUGGCCACUGAAGGACGCCUGGGGCCCCAACCGGUCGUCCUGGAUCACACUAGCGGCUUCGAAGGGCUCCUGUUUGUGGAUGACGACCUGUUAGGGGUUAUCGGCCACAGCAACUUCAGCUCUAUCAGAGCCACCACAUGUGUUUAUAAAGGGAAAUGGGCCUAUGAGGUGCUGAUCUCCUCCCAGGGUCUGAUGCAGAUUGGGUGGUGUACUCUCAACUGUCGCUUCAACCAGGAGGAGGGAGUCGGUGACACCCCGGACUCUUACGCUUAUGAUGGGAACCGAGUGAGAAAGUGGAAUGUGACCACUACCAACUACGGAAAGUCUUGGGCGGCUGGAGACAUUGUCAGCUGCCUGAUCGAUCUGGAUGAGGGAACCAUCACGUUCUGUCUGAACGGCCAGUCUCUGGGCACUGCCUUCACCAACAUCAAGAUGGGUCCAGGCGUUGCUUACUUUCCUGCCAUCAGCCUCUCAUUUAAAGAGUCAGUAGCCUUUAACUUUGGGAGCAGACCUCUCAGAUACCCUGUGGAGGGCUACCUGACCCUCCAGAACCCCCCAAUGGCUGACCUGAUGAAAGCUCACAAGCUGCUGGGCUACAUCAAAAAUGUCUUGUCCACCUGCCUUGACACACAGGACGAGCGACUGCUGGACAGAGACUGUGCAGUCUGGAGGCUUCACGGUGAUCCCACUGUCCUCAUCACACUGGCUCACAUCUUCAACUACUUUGCUCCACUUAUGUGUAAAGUUUACCUGGUGGAAGAUGUGCUGAUGAACUUCCUGUUGGGGAUCCUGGAGGGAGGAGGGUCAGUGGAUGAGCAUCCGCUCAUACAGCAGCUUCUGGAUCUCUUCUGGCUGCUAAUGGAGGACUAUGAGGUGAACGAGUGUCUGAAACAACUGAUGAUGUCUCUGCUGAGAGCUUACCGCUUCUCCCCCAUCAUCCCUGACCUGGGCUUUCAGAUCCACUAUUUGCGUCUCACCACAGCCAUCCUACACCAUGAGAAGUCCAGGAAGUACCUGCUCAACAAUGUCUUGUUUGAUGUUCUGCGUUCAGUCGUGUUUUUCUACAUCAAGACUCCUCUGAGGGUUAAAGAGGCUGGGCUCGAAGAGCUGAUCCCCACCACCUGGUGGCCAACCCACUUUGACAAGGAGGGCAAAGACGAAUGGGAGCCCAAAGACGAAAGCUCAGACGAACGGCUGAGGCGGCGCGCGUAUGAACGAGGCUGCCAGAGACUGAAGAAGAGGAUUGAAGUGGUAGAGGAUCUGCAGGUUCAGAUCCUCAGACUGCUUCUCAACAACAAAGACAAGACUGUGGGUGAAGCUUCGCGCUACAUCUUCCUAAACAAGUUCAGGAAGUUCCUCCAAGAAAACGCCAGCAACAGAGGGCACCCCACAGCUCUGUGUCCUCCGGAGUACAUGGUGUGUUUCCUGCACCGCCUCAUCACAGCUGUGAGGACCUGCUGGGACGACGGCAACCGCAAAAGUCCAGUCAGCAUCGGCAGUGAAGAUUCAUACAUUCCUCCACAGCUCUUCUACAAUGGGAAAGUGGACUAUUUUGACCUGCAGAGACUGGGAGGCCUCCUGUCCCACCUGAAGAAAACACUCAAAGAUGACUUGGCGGGUAAAGCCAACAUUAUCAUCGAUCCUGCAGAGAUCCAAGCCACGUCUAUGGACGACUUGGACGAGGACGAGGAGAGCGGAGCAGCGCCGAGGCCAUUUGGUGCGGUAGCAAUGGGUGGAGCUCUGGCGAGGCCGAGCUGGUUAAGUUCUCCAACACUGGGUCGGGCCAACCGCUUCCUGAGCACAGCCGCUGUCAGCCUGAUGAAUCCCAGACGUCCUCUCACUCAGCCUGAGAAAGUGAAGGUCCGGACUCUUGCUGUGGAGCAGAGGACCGAGGAGGACAUUGAGGGAAGCCAUGGAACUGAUGGCCUACUGCUGGGGCGGCCGCUGGAGGAGCCGGAUCAGCAGUUUUCAGACAAGUCGCUGCUGGAGAUCAUGGACGGCAUCGUGAUGAUGUACAACCUGAGUGUUCAUCAGCAGCUGGGAAAGAUGGUGGUGGUGUCAGACGAUGUCCAUGAAUAUGCUGUGGCCCUGAAGGACACGGAAGAGAAGAUCGCUCGUUGCCCUGCAAGAAGACCGGACAUCCUGGACGAGCUGCAGAAGAGUCAUAAGGUUUUUGCAGAGAAACUGAACCAUCUGAGCCGGAGACUGGCCUGGAUCAACGCAACCAUCUACUCCAAGGAGAAGAUGCUGGAUGUGUACUGGCUGCUGUGUGUUUGUAUUCGGACCAUUGAACACGCUGACAACACUGGCUCCUUGUUCGCCUUUGCUCCAGAGUUCUACCUUAACGUAGCCAUGAAUGCUUACAGCGCCCUUAAGAACUACUUCAGCCCUGCGAACAGCAUGGAGGAGCUGCCAGGGUAUGAAGACACUUUAACUCACUUGGCUGCCAUCCUCGCUAAGCACUUUGCUGACCCACGGAUUGUUGGAACAGAUAUCAAGGACUCUUUGAUGCAGGCCCUGGCCAGCUAUGUCUGUUACCCACAGUCCCUCAAGGCUGUGGAGAGGAUCCCAGAGGAGCAACGCGUUGCCAUGAUGAGAAACCUGUUGGCACCGUAUGAGCAGAGGCCCUGGGCUCAGACUAACUGGAUACUGGUCAGACUGUGGAGGGGAUGUGGUUUUGGCUACAGAUACACUCGCCUGCCUCACCUCCUGAAAACCAAACCCGAGGACGCCAACCUGCCCAGCCUUCAGAAGGAUCUGUCCAUUGCUAGUUUCCAAAAACCGUGCCCAUCGCUGCUCCUGCAAAGGCACAUGGCGGAGUUGCUGAGUACAGACAAAGACAUGGCUGCGUCUUUCCUCAACAGUGUCCUGAAUCAGCUGAACUGGGCCUUCUCUGAGUUCAUUGGCAUGAUUCAAGAGAUCCAGCAGGCAGCAGAACGUCCAGAGAGGAACUUUGUGGACACUCGUCAGCUCAAGGUUUGUGCCACCUGCUUCGACCUGUCCGUCAGCCUGCUGCGUGUGCUGGAGAUGACUGUCACUUUGGUACCUGAGAUCUUCCUGGACUGGUCCCGUCCAUCUGCAGAACUGCUCCUCAGACGACUGGCUCAGCUGCUGAACCAGGUGUUGAACCGAGUGACAGCAGAAAAGAACCUGUUUGAUCGAGUGGUCAACCUGCGGCUUCCAGGGCUGGAAAGUGUGGAUCACUACCCCAUCCUGGUGGCUGUCACAGGGAUCCUGGUUCGAAUCCUGGUGGAUGGAGAAAAGCAGGGAGUCUCUCGAGCUGCCUCUGUCCUGCUCUCCGAUCCCUGUUUCCAGCUCCACUCCAUCCAGCACUUGCUCGGGGAGACAGGGGAGUCAACCAUCUCUUCAGCAGCCAUCGGUUCUGCUACAGCCCGUCCAGUAGUGACGUCUUUGGGUUCGUCUGUGACGCCUCCUGUGCUUUCAGCUGGAAACACGGAGCGCAAACACUUCUCCCUCCAGGCCUACACCGACUACAUCAGCGAGGAGGAAAAGCAGAAGGUGGAGCUAAUGCUGGCGUUUCUCACCGAAGAAUCCAAACAGGCUGCAGCCAGCACAGCUCCAACCAGUGAAGAAGAUCUCUGCCCUAUCUGCUACGCUCACUCCAUCUCUGCCAUCUUCAAACCCUGCUCCCACAAAUCCUGCAAAGCCUGUAUCAACCAGCACCUGAUGAACAACAAGGACUGUUUCUUCUGCAAAGCCACCAUCACCGGAGUGGAGGACUACAGCAAACCAGCCUCCUGCUAACGCAGCCACAGACUGUGUGUGUGUGUGUGUGUGUGUGUGUGUGUGUGUGUGUGUGUGUGUGUGUGUGUGUGUGUGUGUGUGUGUGUGUGUGUGUGUGUGUGUGUGUGUGUGUGUGUGUGCGCAGAUCCAGAGGAGCCGACACCUUUAUUCAUCAUCACUGUAUGACUGAAGGAUCUGUUCUAUUAUUACAGCAGUAAACUAAUAACGAUGAGGACGGUUCAGAUAAACAACAGCAGAGCUUCGGUUUUCCAGAGUCACUGUUUGUGUAUAGAUCCAACAGAGCAGCAGGGCCUGACUGAACCUGAACCACCACUACUGUGAUCGUGUGGGGAGCCCAGAGCAGAGAUGGAGAGAAGCUCUGUGGCUCCGACCACAGUUAGCGGUCCCGUAGUGUUUGGACUGAGGAUUUAAUUUUAAGCAGCUGAGUAACGAUAAUGUUCAGCCAAAGUCAAAUUAAACCCUGAAAGUCUUCAAAUUCAGGAACUCCACCAUCUGGUUUUUGUUUGUGAAUGGACUCGCUUCUCAGACUCAACCAGAACCUGCAGAUUAACAGCACAGCUCAACUGUCGGUGCAUGUAUUGUCCACGUCUCCAGUUCUGCAGAUGUGAACGUUGGGAUGUCAUCACCUCUACAGGCAGGAAACAGUAAAUCACACAACAGAACUCACAAUGUGGUGUGUGUGAAGUCUGUACCUGGUCAGGGAGAAGGUCCACAACCAGAGGAACUGUAGCACAGAUCAGGUGUGUUGGGUCAUGACGGGCUGGUACCAGUCCUGCUUCUGGGUGUGUUGCGGCUGAAUGUGCGGCUUGUCUCUGCUGGUUCUAGUGUUUGAUGUCACCGUUCCCAGCACCCAUGGACUGGGCUGAUUAUGGGAUGCUGAAGAAUCUUCAUAUCAACAUCUUGGAGCCGGAAUGUCCUAAUUUAAUUAACUUCAGGUUUUUCUGGUUGAACAAACCAGAGAAAUAAUGAAAUUAAAAGUUUAAAUGAUUUGCUAAUAUCUUUAUUCUGCUUUUAUUCUUGUUUGACUCAAUAAGGCUAAUUUAAACAUAUGACUUUAUUUAAAAUGUUUUAGUGAGAAACUGAAGGUCUCAGCAUUUGAACGCUUCCUUUUUAUGGCUCUGGUGUCAUUUGUGUUGAUUUGGGUCAGAGGUCAAAUGUGUCUGAGCUUCAUCUCUGUAAACACUGUACCUGCAAUAAAGGAUCGAUGCUCUGCCGGAA